AUGCCUAGCCCUUUAUUCCACCCCGAAAUUAUGGACCACGACGUGGUGAUCAGCAGCCAGCACAACGGAGACCAGGAGUCUCGGAAUGAGGAGCACCAGGAGGCACUGCGCUUUGCCUUGGACCAGCUGUCACUCAUGUCUCUGGACAAAGUAGACCGUGGCAAUGGCCUGGACGCCCUGGAUGGGACUCCAGCUUCGGGCUCUGAAGGAUGUAAUGGAGUGGGCGGAGGAGGCUACGUGGAUCUGCAGAUGCUGGAUCACCCAAGUGGAUCGCGAGAUUCGCCUUCAUCCUGCUCACCUUCACCGGAAUAUUAUGGGUCUGGCAACUACCACAUGGCUGGCUCUCACACCAUGCUUCACGGAGAACAAAGCUCCGUGCUCUGUAAUAGGAAAAGAAGUGUAAACAUGACAGAGUGUGUUCCUGUCCCUAGUUCUGAGCAUGUGGCGGAGAUCGUGGGCAGACAAGGUUGUAAGAUCAAGGCUUUACGUGCAAAGACGAAUACCUACAUAAAGACUCCUGUUCGUGGUGAAGAACCAGUGUUUAUAGUAACAGGCCGACGGGAGGAUGUGGAAAUGGCAAAAAGGGAAAUAGUCUCGGCAGCUGAGCACUUCUCCAUGAUUCGAGCAUCACGCUGUAAAGCAGGAGGCACAGGGGGUGGAGGCUCUCUCCCUGGACCACCUCACCUUCCAGGGCAGACUACUAUACAGGUGCGGGUGCCAUACAGAGUUGUGGGCUUAGUAGUGGGACCAAAAGGAGCUACUAUCAAGCGCAUCCAGCAGCAGACGCACACCUACAUCGUGACUCCCAGCCGUGAGAAGGAUCCUGUAUUUGAGGUGACUGGGAUGCCCGAGAACGUUGACCGAGCUCGGGAGGAGAUUGAGACACACAUCACGCUGCGAACCGGUACCUUUGUGGACCUGCAGGGAGACAACGACUUCCACUCCAACGGUACCGAUGUCAGUCUGGAGGGUCUGAGUGCCCUGAGUGCAGGCCUAGGAGCCUCUUUGUGGUCCCGGGCAACUGGGCACCAUUCAGGACCCCCUCCCUCCUCAACUCCCCCAGCUCUUUCCAUGGCAAUGCAACACACAAAUGGACGAAAGAUGUCCUCCUCUACCUACCAAUCGCACAAUAGCACCCUGAACUCUGAGGCUUUUACCAAUAGUCGCAAAAGCAAUGAAGGUGGCAGCCCCACCAGUCCCUUUAGUACAGGCUCCAGCAGUGCUGGAGGGGGGCUCAGUUUUGGGGGUGACUCUACACCAGGAUUGCCUUCCUCUGAUGAACUGGGCUUUGAGUUUAGCACUUCCAACAUUUGGGGGCCUUUUGUGAAUGGGAACGCCUCAAAGUCGAGCUCCUCACAGCAGCCCCUACGCAGGAACAGUAGUGGUCUGAGUGGAGGGGCUAUUACCCCUCGUCUGUCACCAACUUUGCCUCAGGACGCAGCCUUAGGAUCUCUGGAGCACCCGCUGGCCCGCCGCGCUCAGAGCGACCCACUCAGCACUCUGUCCUGGCUGCAAUCUGGCGGCAGCAGCGGCUCUUUCUCAGCCGCGUCCAGCUCCAGCUCAGGUGCAUCCUCCACUGGAUACUCGUCCUGCUCGGCCUCGUCGCUGCCCGGGGGCUCGCCCACCGACUCGGAGGGGGGCGGCAGUGGGCUCAGCGCUGGCAUGUUGAACAGGCUCAAAAGCUCAGUCCCAGGUGUGGGCUUGGUGGGUGUUGGUGGGCCGGUCAACAGGGACUGUUUUGUUUGCUUUGAGAGUGAGGUUACAGCCGCUCUUGUCCCCUGUGGCCAUAACCUCUUCUGCAUGGAGUGUGCGGGCCAAAUCUGCCAAUCUGCUGAGCCUGAGUGUCCUGUGUGCCACACGCUCACCACACAGUGCAUCAGAAUCUUCUCCUAA